CUUCGAUAAACUACACAAUCCAGCCAGUUACUUCGUGACUAUCGCCACUAUGCUUCCACCGUUCACGGACCAAGCUGACAAGCUGCUCGUUCAGCUGGCAUACGAGUAUGUCAGCAAGAAACGACGUGUUGCGUGGUCUGAAGUCGCACGGAAGCUUCGCAAGCGCCGCAUCAAGAUGACGCCCAAGGAACUGGAGACUCGGCUUCGAACGCUUCAGCGCGCUCAUGGUGUUGACUUGGCAAAGUUCCCUCCCUGCUUCUUUGGAGAAUCCAAGCCGCGUUCGGUAGGCAAGGUUGCAAGUACUCGCGUGCUGAAUUUCCAGGCAGCGUCACGUCUUCUUCUAUUGAUCUUCGGGUCGGUUACUAAUGCUGAAGUUCGACAGAAGGCCGGGGCAAUGCACGAGAAUGCUGGGGAACCUCUCCCGCAAGCUGUGAAUCAGGUGCUCGAUGUUAUCGGCACUGUUGAAGCCGAAGACAUACUCCUUGACAUUGGCUGUGGAAUUGGUAACAUUGUUGCCCAGUUCGCACUCCAGACUCGCGCACAACUUUGGGUGGGAAUUGAAAUCCGUUCCGAUCUGUGCAUUCUUCGUUACAAGUCGAUCAACAGACAUUCAAGCAUGGAGUCAUUGCAGAAGAAUGUGUUAAUCAGAAACGGUGACACUAAAAGCUGUGGUAUAUCUACGCGCCCACCGUUCUGCCUUGCGACGAUCGUGUAUUUUAACAGCUUUUUGUUCGUGGACAAUGUAAAGCUCUCUGUGUUGAACGAGCUGUGCUUCCAUCCUCGAGCUCGUUUUGUUAUCGCGACUGAAGCAUUUUGCCCCAGACAUCGACCUACCUGUAGAAGUAACUUUUGCGCUCGGUGACAACUGCAACAAGUGAUACGUGGAUCGGCAAGCUGGACUAAUAACCAGAUAAACAUAUACAUCUAUAAGCGCAUAGAUAAAUGACAAUAUGGCUGGUUGCGUUUGUUAUCUAUCCAUCACACUCAUGGACCCGUACAGCAAAAGCUAAUUGAUGGAAAUGACCCCACGUGAGGAGAGUUCAUACCGAGCGUAGGACCUG